AUGUUGAGUCCUUAUGGUCCUCAUGGGGUGAGGACUGAUGGUUCUGUCCUGUGUCCAGGCGUCCUCCAUGGGGUCGUGUCCCUGAGGUUGUACCAUCAACAGAACCAGGACCGGACCUGGUCUGAGGCUGUGUCCGACUGUGCCGCCCUGAACCUGACUCUGGCCUCGAUCCGGACCUCAGACCAGAACUCUGCAGCCAGACCGGACUCGGGGAAGGUCUGGACCGGUCUGAGCCGGGUAUGGGACUGGACGGGGGCGGGGCCUGCUGAGCCGAUCUCAGCCAAUGAGGAGUGGUUUGAGCAAUGGGCACCAGAUGAGCCCCGGGACAAGAAGAACUGUACCGCCCUCCGCACCAGCGACGGACUCUGGGUCUCUAAGGAUUGUACCGAGACCCUGAGGGCCAGCUGCUAUAGAGAAUCGGACCAGACUCACUGGAUCCUGGACCAGUCCAUGGAGUGGAAACAGGCCCGGUCUCAGUGUAAGGCAAACUUCACCAACCUCAGCUCCGUCCUGAACCAGAACCAAACCCAGGAUAUCCUCCAGGCGCUCCAGACGCUGGACCAGGCAGGGGAGGAGGUCUGGAUCGGGCUGUACCUGCGGUGGCUUUGGGUGGAUGGGUCCUGGGUCCGGUGGUCUGGGUGGGACCAGGACCCUCUGGACUCGGAUAAAGGCUGCAUGGUUCUGGAUCACAGCGGGAAGUGGGACCAGGAGAAAUGUGAACAACGGUGCCCUUUCAUCUGUCACCAAGUUUCAGAGGAAGUAGAAGGAGUCUGCUCUGAUUGGUCCAGUCCAGAGGCCCCUGAGGUCAAGAGGCCCCUGAGGUCACCAGAGGCCCCUGAGUGA